AUGACGGUGGAGACUUCUCGUCACAACAUUAACAUGACGGCGGAGACUUCUCGUCACAACAUUAACAUGACGGCGGAGACUUCUCGUCACAACAUUAACAUGACGGUGGGGACUUCUCGUCACAACAUUAACAUGACGGUGGGGACAUCUCGUCACAACAUCAACAUGACGGCGGAAACUUCUCAUCACAACAUUAACAUGACGGUGGAGACUUCUCGUCACAGCAUUAACAUGACGAUGGAGACUUCUCGUCACAACAUUAACAUGACGGUGGGGACUUCUCGUAACAACAUUAACAUGACGGUGGGGACUUCUCGUCACAACAUUAACAUGACGGUGGGGACUUCUCGUCACAACAUUAACAUGCCGGUGGAGACUUCUCGUCACAACAUUAACAUGACGGUGGGGACUUCCCGUCACAACAUUUACAUGACGGUGUGGACUUCUCGUCACAACAUUAACAUGACGAUGGAGACUUCUCGUCACACCAUUUAA